CUUGUUUUAUUUUGACAGGCGAUGACAAUGAGUAGUGAGAUGCAUAAGAGUACUACAUUAGGAGAAACGGUGAACCUGAUGUCUGUAGACUGCCAACGUAUCCAGGACACGUUUAACUUCCUCUGGUCAUUGACUACGGUGCCACUCCAGACGGCCAUCGGUAUCUACCUACUGUGGACGUACGUGGAGCUUGGCCCCUCCUGUCUGGCAGGACUGGCUGUCCUAAUGUUCAUGGUUCCUCUCAACUCAUUUGUGGCUGUUAAACAGAGGAAGUUUCAGAGCCUUGUCCUUGCUUACAAGGGUCAGCGCAUCAAAUUGUUCAGUGAGAUUCUGAAUGGCAUGAAGGUACUAAAGAUGUAUGCAUGGGAGCCAUCAUUCACAGAGAAAGUGUUGGAGAUCCGCCAACAGGAGUUGAGGAGACUUAAGCACAUUGCCAUCUUCAGGGGAUUUACUACAUUCUGCUUUUUACUUGCUCCUUUUGUGGUGAUGCUGGCGACCUUUGCGACUUAUGUUGUGACCUCUGACAGCCACACACUGAGGGCAGAUCAAGCUUUUGUAGCCUUGGCACUCUUCAACAUCUUAAGGGUUCCAGUAAACCUACUGUCUCAACUCAUCUCCUACGGGGUCCAGGCAAUGGUAUCCAUCAAAAGAAUCAGAAAUUACCUAAGUGGUAGUGACCUUGACCCCAACAAUGUGCACUUUACAGAUAGUAAUGAUUAUGCAGUAGAAGUAAAUCAUGGUACAUUUACAUGGGACAGAGAGAUGCCUCAGCCAACACUUAAAGAUAUUCACUUUCACAUCCCGGACGGCCAGCUAGUUGCAGUGGUUGGACAGGUCGGGGCCGGCAAGUCUUCUCUCAUAUCCUCCUUACUGGGAAACCUCAACAAGCUCCAGGGCAAUGUCACAGUCAAGGGAAAGGUAGCCUACGUACCACAGGAAGCAUGGAUUCAGAAUGCCACACUUAUGAACAACAUCCUGUUUGGUAAACAACUGCUGGCCAAAAAGUACAAAAAAGUCAUAGAGGCAUGUGGACUGGGACCGGACCUGGAGAUGUUACCUGGUGGAGACCAGAUUGAGAUAGGCGAAAAGGGUAUCAACAUCAGUGGUGGACAAAAGCAGCGGAUCAGUUUGGCACGGGCCGUGUACAAUAACUCUAACGUCUAUCUCAUGGAUGAUCCUCUCAGUGCAGUUGAUGCUCAUGUCGGCAAACACAUAUUCAACAAAGUAAUAGGAGCAAAGGGUCUGCUCAAAAACAAGACAAGAGUUUUAGUCACCCAUGGUAUCCAAUGGCUGCCAAUGGUGGACAAUAUUUUGGUGAUGGUAGAUGGCAGGAUAUCCGAAUCUGGUUCAUAUGAAGAUCUCAUCUCUCAUGAUGGACCCUUUGCACAGUUCCUCAAGGAGUACUUCUUAGAAGAUGAGGAAGAAGAUGAUAAAGUUGAUCCUGAGUUGAGAGCCAUCAAGGACAAGAUAUUUCAGCAGGUAGAGACUGUGACCUCUGAAGGUCUAACCUCUGAUGACCAACGCAGUCUUCCUCUUAGUUUACGUCGUGCCAGUGUAAGUCGUCGAGGAAGUCGUCUUCUCAAACGAAAGGAGGAGAUUCGCAAACCUAUAGUGGGGACAAAACAACAACUAACCCAGCAGGAGACUGCAAAAGUUGGAGGGGUGAAAAUGGAUGUGUUCACAUCAUAUUUUGGAGCAGCUGGGUGGUGGUCAGUGGCUGUAAUCAUGAUCAUGUUUGCUGGGUUCCACACUACCAGUAUAUUCUCUAACUUCUGGUUGACAUUCUGGACGGAGGACACAACACUUCUGAAUCUCUCCUUACAAGAUACCCCGGAGUACAUAGAUAGGUCCUACAGCUAUCUCCUUGUGUAUGGUUUAUUGGGUGUUAUACAAGCUGUACUGGUUUUGAUCUAUGGGCUCAUGCUGGCUGUGAGAAUGGUGAUCGCUGCAGGUAAACUCCACAAGAAAAUGCUCCUCACUAUUAUGCGGUGCCCAAUGUCAUUCUUUGAUACAACACCAAUCGGUAGGAUUAUCAACCGUUUCUCAAGUGACGUGGAUAUCAUGGACAACAGUCUGCCCAUCACCUGUCGUAUCUCACUGAACACGUUCUUCCUUUCACUCAGCACUGUGAUCGUCGUCAGUGUCAACACACCUGAGUUUCUCAUUAUCAUUGUACCUGUGGCUGUUCUUUAUUUCAUCAUCCUGAAAUUCUACAUUCCUACAUCACGGCAGCUGAAAAGACUUGAGUCGAUGACAAGGUCGCCAGUCUAUAAUCACUUCAGUGAAACUGUUUCUGGGGCAAGUGUGAUCCGAGCCUACCGAGCGCAGGACCGUUUUAUCAAGGAGUCAAUGGACAGAGUCGACCAGAACCUGGUCUUCUAUUAUGGAUACUUUGUAUCUUCUAGAUGGUUAGGAGUCCGCCUGGAGUUGUUGGGAAAUUUACUGAUUCUGGCUGCAGCUUUAUUUGGCGUUUUCUCACCUGAUCAGUCAGGAGCAAUUGUUGGCCUGUCUAUAUCCUAUGCUUUACAGGCGACGAGUGUGCUGAAUGUUUUAGUGGUAAACAUUAGUGAUCUACAGAGUAAUACAGUGUCAGUGGAAAGGAUCAAGGAGUACUCUGAGGUCGAGGCAGAGGCAGAAUGGUACUGCAAGAAACCACCACAGUCUGGCUGGCCUCGACAAGGGGAGAUAAUUUUCCAAGACUACAAGAUGAGAUACAGACGUGACCUUGACCUUGUUCUCAAAGGCAUCUCGGUCCAUAUACACCACGGGGAGAAGAUUGGUAUUGUCGGAAGGACAGGAGCUGGGAAGUCCUCCCUGACACUGUCACUGUUUAGACUUAUAGAGGGCACUGGGGGCAGCAUCACCAUUGAUGGAGUAAGGAUCGCAGACAUCGGUUUACACAACUUACGAGAAAAACUCACUAUUCUACCACAGGACCCUGUGCUAUUUUCCGGGACAUUACGCAUGAACCUUGACCCUUUUGACAAGUAUAAUGAUGACCAGCUAUGGAUUGCAUUACAACAAGCUCAUCUGAGUGAGUUUGUCAAGACAUUGCCAGGGUCACUGAGCUACCAGUGUGGAGAAGGGGGCCAGAACUUCAGUGUAGGGACAGCGACAGUUGGUGUGUUUGGCCCGGACGUUACUUAAGAAGACAAAUGUGCUGAUUCUGGAUGAGGCUACUGCGGCUGUAGACAUGCAGACUGAUGCUCUAAUACAGGAGACUAUACACACAGAGUUCUAUGACUGUACUGUCCUGUCUAUAGCCCAUCGGUUAAAUACUGUACUCGAUUAUGACAAGGUGAUGGUCCUGAGUAAUGGACAGAUCGCUGAGUUCGAUUCACCAUCUGCUCUCCUCUGUAAUCAUGAUUCCGUGUUUUAUGGAAUGGCGAUGGAUGCUGGACUUGUUACCAACUACCAAAA